GUGAAGAUCGCGCAAACGAUACGUUUUUGAUUUUACUAGGAGUUCACAAUAUUAUUCAUGCAAGAUUUCUGUCUUAAUGCAUUGAAUUCUAUUAUAUAGAAGAUGAUUUUAGAGCACAUUGGCGAGAUUAUAGAGAGAGAAAGAGAACAUAUAUGUUGAAGAAAAAAGCUAUCCAAAACUACACGCUCGCAGUGAACGUGACGUCAUCAAUCGGCGUCAAAAAUUUCUGUGUUCAAAACAGAAAACAUUUCUAAACUUAGUCAAUAAACCCAUUUCUGUUUUAAACACAAAAAAAUUCGACCAUUAUUGUAGAUACGCAUUAUGCAGAUGCUUAUAGUCUUCGGAGCAAUAUGCUUAAUAUCUGUCACUGGAGUUGCUUCUUCCACUGACGCAAAUUUGCCUCGGACAUCGCAGUGUAUACAACCGAUAAAUUAUACUAUUUCUUUAGAAAGACAAAACACCUCUUUUACCAUUCAUUCUACCGUUGUGCUAAACGUGUCAUGUGAACAAAAAGACAUACGAUUACAAAUCGGACGUUAUUGUUCUAUACAUACUCUGUUUGUUGAAACUGAAAUUCUGUAUGACUAUAUAUCACAUUGGGAAGUUACUGUAUCAGAGGUAACUACUAACAAAAAUCGAUUCAAAAAUGUGGAUAUUAAUCCCAUAAAACGAAACAAAAUUCCUCCAAACGUGUUUAUACUUAAACAACUGGAAAAACCCGUAAGAUCUGGAAAAUAUGUGAUAACUUCGAUGUAUAAAUGUAAUUUAACGGAGGUCGUCACGGUUGACCCGUACAUUAGUCAAACUGGAACGAAAGAAUUUUUAAUUUUAUCACGUAUUCCAAAUGAAUUGAUUUUUCCAUAUUGGGAACAUCCAGCUACCAAGGCUAGAUUUACCAUUCAACUUAUACACAAACGCAGUGAAACAGUUCUUUCGAACAUGUUUAUUGACUAUUCUAUUUCGGUAAUUAAUGCGAUCCAAACAACAUUUUUCACCACGCCUCUAAUAUCCACGCAUUUUGUUGCAUUUGUUGUCAUACCGAAUGUAUUAAAAGUGACACUUACUAGAAUGGGAAAUAACAUUACUAUUACACGCAACUUAAAGAUGAGAAAUGACACAUACUAUGCAAAAACUGUUCUUCUUGAUAUCUUCAUAAGUCUCAGAAACAUGUGGAACGAUAGCAUACCACGGUCGCAUGUUAAUUACGUGCUACUGCCUUUCACCUCUACUCGUUACGAAAGUAUGAUAACCCCUGGAUUUGUUUUUUUGAGUGAAGUUAACAGUAUAUACAACAGCAAAGUAGAUUCCCUUAUUAAAAGACGAGAAGUAACAUGUUUCAUAGCACGAAAUGUGAUACAAGAAAUGUUCAGUGAGUGGGUAGCUGCAUUUAGACAAUCGGAUUCUUGGUUUAUCGAAGGAUUUUCAACAGUAUUUGGAGUUUAUAUUUGGAACAAGAGUUCAAUGAAGUCAAUUGUGGUCCAGACACGACGAAACUUUUUGAAUUAUGCAGAAGCAUUUAGUACGUAUGAUUUUGGAAUUCUAGAAAAAUCGUUUACAGCUUUAAAUUCAACACUUAGAAAAAUGUGGCGACAAAAAGCAUUCAGCACCUUUUAUAUGCUCGGUACCUUAUUUGAACAAGAUUUCUUAUAUACUUCUAUGUUUAAACAGGCCGUAAACUUAUAUUAUAACACUGAGAAUACCACAGAUAAUAUACAUAAUGAACAGCCAAUUUUUGAUAAGUUGUGGGACGAAAAUUAUGAAGCAUCUAUCUUAUAUAACUCUGUCUACCUUACGACAGAGAUAAAAAAAAUAAUAACUUCAUGGACAACACAAGUUGGUUAUCCUGUGUUACAAAUAAACCGACACAAUGAUACACAGNUAGUAAUGUCUGUCAUAGACUGUUUUACCGUUGAUAACAAAAAGCAGUGCGAACUUAAUUGGUGGAUACCUGUGUCUGUUACAAAAAUAGUACAGAGAGAAAGUACUGUUACGUAUAAUGAUAUUUUAACACCUUACAAAAAAUAUAUCCAUUCAUCGCUGAGUAAUAAAAAUGAGUUUGUCAUUGUCGCGAACUCCGCUGGUUAUCGCGUCAACUAUGACAGUGAUUCUUGGACAAACAUUGCUUUUUCCUUACAAUCUGGUGAUCUAAAGAUUACAGAUUUAAAUGAUGUCACUGUAGCACAAAUAUUAGACGAUGCUUUUUAUUUUUUGGUGCAAAAUACAGAAUAUAACGACAAUUCUACUUCAGAUAAUAGUGAUUUCAAGAUAUAUUUCAUAUAUCUUGAAAUUGCAAGUAGUAUAUUUAAUGCAAACAAUUCCUACAUAAUGUGGUAUCCUAUAUUUUUUGCUCUUGAAAACAUGUCAAAGAUUGUUCCGUUUCCAGAAAGUGUUGCUUCCAGAACUAUCAAGGAUAAACUUCGAGCAAUAUUGAAUAGGUUUCUUAAUGAUGAAUCACAUACACAUUGGUCGGAGAAUAGUGUCAGUAAUCAAUUCUAUCAUGAAGUUUUAAAAUGGACAUGCAUUUUCGGUGGUUCAAUGUGCAAAGAACAUGUUAAUCGAACGUUAGAGUGGCAUUUUUAUAAUCCUGCGCAAAACAGACUGUUGCCAAGUUGGCAGAAAUGGAUAUAUUGCCAAGGAUUAAUGUUAGAAACUGUCCCUUAUAAUAAAUCUGCUUUGUGGCAAAACAUUUUCAACAUAUACCAGACACAAGGAAAAGAAGAAGAUUUCUUUGAAUUUUUACCUUGCUGUAAAAAAUACGAGUAUAUGUAUAAUUUGAUGUCUUUUCUUGAUCGUAAUUCGCAAGGUUGGACACUACCCAACCUUGGUAAUUCGGUACCAAGACCUGGAAAUAGUUUACGUGCCAAAACUGGUAACAGUGAAAAUAUUGUAAAUGCAAAGAAAAGUGUUACUGUUUCUUUACUUUUCACUAUUUUUGCUUUGCAUUCGAAAAAUUAUUCAGGGCUAGCUAGUAUACAAUUCGGACUAGAACUUGGAAUAGGAAGAGACGUGAACAUACUAGCAAUACUAAAUUGUAUUAUUAACAACAUAUAUUCCGACGACGACCUGUCGAUGAUUAGUAACGAAGUAUUCUUAAAUAAACUGUCGGAUAUACAUUACAUGGAUCCACGUGUUCUCGAUGUCAUUAAAAAAAAAGUUGAAAAUCGUCGUAGUUUCUUAAAUGAAAUGCAAGCUAUAAUUCUUUCUAGACCCCAGUAUGUUUUUAAUUACAAACAUAUGAGAAAAUAAAUUUUCUUUUAAUG